CUAAAUGCAGCAGGACCUACACAGUGAAGUAGCAAUGCCAAGAUUAACACCUCCUGUUUUUGAAUGCAUCAGAAUCCACACACCAGGAUAUUGGUGCCAAGAUUAACACUCCCAGCCUCUGAAUGCAUCACAAUUCACAUACCAGGAUGCGCGUGCCAAGAUUAACACUCUGAGCUCCCAGUGAAGCAAAACUCAUGCUCCCAGCCUCAGUGCCAUAGAUUCCACUUGCAGGCAUGUUCCAGCUAUCCCCCAAGAACAGAGGCAGAGAAAACGUGCAGACAGAUGGUUUUGGUCUUGGCAUCUUGCUUUUGGUGUGAAAGUCCCCGUCCUGUUUUCUUGCUGCAGGUUAUUGGCCACACUCCAAGAAAUGAAAAUCUCCCCCAUGUUGGCAGCAUGGCACCCAGCCCAGCUUCAUCAGGAACCCCAGCUUCCUUUCAGGGACCCCAGAGCAUGAUGGACACUGAAACAGAUGAGUACAUGGAUUAUACUGGCUGUAGCCCUGGAGGGAUAUCCUCGGAAUCUUCCAAUAUGGACCGCAGCUGCUCCAGCACUCCAGUGGGCAAUGAAAGUACAUCAGCAGGGAAUACCAUCACUAUGCCAACUGCCUCAGGGGCCAAGAAGCGUUUCUGGAUUAUUGAGGACAUGUCCCCAUUUGGCAAGCGCCGUAAGACUGCAUCCUCGCGUAAGAUGCUGGAUGAAGGGAUGAUGCUGGAGGGAUUCCGCCGCUAUGAUCUCUACGAGGACUGCAAGGACUCCAGCUGCCAAUUCUCGCUCAAGGUUACCCACUACCACUGCACACGGGAGAAUUGUGGCUACAAGUUCUGCGGCCGUACCCACAUGUACAAGCACGCCCAGCACCAUGACCGUGUUGACAACCUGGUACUGGAUGAUUUCAAACGCUUCAAGUCUUCACUGAGUUGCAACUUCCCAGACUGUCAGUUCUCGGGCAAUAGCACACACUUCCACUGUCUGCGUUGUGGCUUCCGCUGCACUGACAGCACCAAGGUGACAGCCCACCGUAAGCACCACGGCAAGCAGGACGUCAUCAGCGCUGCUGGCUUCUGCCAGUUCAGCUCAAGCGUGGACUGUGAGGUGCCUGACUGCAAGUACAAACUCAAGUGCUCCCACUUCCACUGCACCUACCCUGGUUGCAAACACACAGUGGUGGGGAUGUCUCAGAUGGACUCACACAAGCGCAAACACGAGAAGCAGGAGCGGGGGGAGCUUCCUGCCAUCUCUCCUGGUCCUGAGGGCCUCGCUCCCUCCACUCUUGAGUAUGACAUCCAGAACUCUUCCAUCAACCUGGACAGUUCCCUCAACCUCAGCACUGACAACAACAGCUCCCUCUUCUUCCUGCAGAACGCAGCUGGCGUGGGCCUCAAUGAUUCCCUGGACCUCAGCAAGAAGCAGCCAGAGGUCACUGAAGGGCCCUCACCAAGCAGAGCUGGGACUGCCUCUCAGGAGAGGGGGGCAGUGGCAUCUGGCUCUGGUGAUGUGGAGGAUGAGGAUGAGUCUUCCCAAGAGGAUGAGGAAGAUGAUGAGGAGGAGAUGAAUGAAGAAGAGGAGGAGGAUGAAGAAGAGGAGGAGGAUGAUGACGAUGAUGAGGAUGAUGAAGAGGAAGACCUGAAUACAGAUUCUGAAGAAUCACUGCCUGACCCUGAGGGCCUGGCCACUAAGGAAGAUGGGGAAACAGAGGAGGCUGCUUCUUCCACAGACCAGGGUGAUGCUUCCAGGUCUCAGGGCGAGCCAGCCCCAGCCCUCACUCCAGCCCCUGUUUCCACUUCAGCUCCAGCUGCUGCCGCAGCCUCUACCCUUGCUCCAGUGGCAUCUCCUUAACCUUACUGACAGCAGCAGCAGUGGUUUGGUUUUGCUCUUAAACAGAAUUACUAAGAGGACCCCAUAUGAGGCAAGAACAAAGAUUGGAAUGGCAGGUGAAAAAGCAAAC